UUUCGCAGCUCAGCAAUCAGCUGUAUAUUUGUUUUCUUUCCCAGCCCUGGAGUAGAGUAGAGGCGCCGGAAGCAAGGCGUGAAGGCAGAUCGCGCUGCUCUGUGGUAGCAAAAAAAGGACAUGGCGUGAUGGUGUCACACAUGUGACUUUGGUCUUUUCAAAUUAAAACUUCCGAGUCUCUCCUCUUCCUUCGUCUCAUGGACAUCUUCAAAACGCCAGGUUUUACGUCUCAAGAUCUUUUGCUCAUCCAGAGCUUGCUCGGAGCUCCCUCUGGCUCUUCUAGCAAUCCACCUCUGCCCGUUCAGUCGGCACCAAUCAAAGACUCCGACGAGGACAUCUCCAGUUCGAGCAGCGAACACGCGAGUGAAGAUGAGAUUGAGGAUGUUCUUAUUAUCAAAGAAGAGGAUGAAGAAAUGAGUACGAAGAAUAGCAGCGAAAAUGACGCGUUGGUGAAACAAGACAAAGCUGCAUCACCUAUAGAUGCCAAAGACUCAGAAUCUGAUGACUCCAGCUCUUCUGAAGAGGGCGAAGAGCAGGUGCAGCUUUGGAAUGAAAAUGACGAUGAUGAAGAACCAGGGUUGUCCACCAAAUCUCAAUCCUACUUCACCAGUCAACACGAGGUCGUUGAUACCGAUAUUUCGGUUCCCGAAAUUGCAGAGGUUGGCGCUGAGGAAGCCAUUGAAAUACUUGGCGAGAUAGUGAACAUUAUGGACCAAGCGGUUAUCAUCGAAGGCCUCCCUUCCAGCUAUACCAAUCAUGUUCUCGACUCUGAAACCUUGCUGGUUUUUGAUGAUCGCAAGGUAUUAGGCUAUAUUUACGAAACUUUUGGCCCCACAGCCCAGCCUCUGUAUCAGGUUAAAUUCAAUUCUGCAUUCCCUUUGGACACCGACAAGAUCAAGUUGGCGCGUCAAGUGUUCCACGUCCCGGGGAGAAGUCGUUUUGUCGCCAUAGAUUCGAUUCUUAUAAAAGGAAGCGACGCCAGCAAUGUAUAUGACGAAGAACCCACGGUCUAUGAACUGGAAUUUUCAGACGACGAAGCAGAGGUUGCACAUAAACGAAAACUGAAAUAUGGACGGCGAAGCCGGGUGGAUUCCGUUGCCUCCACUUCAUUCGCCAGCCCAAUGCGUAUGCGGGACCAAGAUAUGAUGACUGACGCGUUUGGUAGCAAUAGCGCCUAUGAUGACCACAGCCCAUAUGAUCCAGACUAUUCUGCCUCCACCGCGACACGGCCACCACCAAUGCCAUACGAUGAAGAUCCCUACGCUGAUGUUUCCCUCGUGCCCUCCUCUCAGGGUGGCGGUUCCAAUCUACUAAGUAAUAUCCUGUCAGGACCGGCCCCUAGUACCGGGAAGGGACUCAGACCACCCCAUCGAGAUCGUCGUGGCCGUGGACAAGCAAGAGGUCGGCGGCAACAGCAUGAGGCUAUCUCGCAAGUUCAUGCCCAUGAUGCUACUAAUUCUGCAUUCCAAUACAGUGCCGCUGAAUACAACGCGUAUCAGCAGGCCGCGAUGGUUCAGCCCCAUAUCAACCCACGUUUUGCAGCUGCGUUCGGAAUGGCUGGUAUGGCAUAUCCACAUUGGCAGAAUCCGUAUACAACUCCAGAACAAUACUGGAGCCAAGGAUGGGGGGCUGGAGGAGGAUAUGGGCCGGGGUCGUCGUAGCGAGGGAUUAAUUAAUUGUAUGCCUUGUAUCACUCUUUGCAACAAUUUGUUGAUCCUAGCUGUAUGACCCUGAGGACUUGUCGAAUGCGCACGUAUCUCUUCCAUGUGGAGAAACUUGAUCAUGCAUGUGGUGCCUGUUCAUGUAGCUCACAGGUGAAGCAGGCUCCGAGCAAGACAAGAAUGCAGAGAAUGGUUUUCGAUAAGUUCCCCGCGCGUGACGGAAUUCAUAAUAUAAAGGGCUGAGCGUUGGGCGCGUUGGUGUUUCUAUAUGUAGAUUUUA